AUGCUUAAAUAUCAUAUGCCCGGCUACAGCGGGUACGGUGUCCAAUAUUCACCGUUCUUCGACAACCGACUGGCAGUAGUUUCGGGUUCCAAUUUUGGAUUAGUCGGCAAUGGGAAGUUAUUCAUUUUAGAUAUUGAUCCGCAAGGAAACAUAUGUGAGAGCAACUCGUUCCUUACACAGGAUUGUCUAUUCGACGUUGCCUGGAAUGAACUACAUGAAAAUCAAGUACUGGUCGCACAAGGUGAUGGAUCGUUACGUUUAUUCGACGUCAAGUUGAACCAAUAUCCGAUAGCUAUCUUUAUGGAGCAUCAAAAGGAAGUGUUCAGCUGCAAUUGGAACCUUUUGACGAAGAACACGUUUGUGAGUAGCUCCUGGGAUGGCUCUGUCAAGAUCUGGUCCCCAACCCGGAAGGAAAGUCUUUUGACACUGGUUCCACGCUCCUUAGAACCUGCUAGUCGAGUUGACCAGGUGCGAAAUAUUCCCAUGUCGAACCAGAAGAAUCAUUUAGACAUCACAAGAAACAAAAAUUGCAUCUACCAGGCUCAGUUCUCGCCUCACGACCCAAACUUGGUUAUGUGUUGCUCAGGGAAGUCCUACAUCACGCUAUUUGACCUAAGACAAGCUGCUACGCCACAGAAUCAAAGAAGCUUUUUAGCUCAUUCAGGUUUCGAAGCCUUAACUUGUGAUUUUAACAAAUACAGACCUCAUACUAUAGCUACAGGUGGUGUAGAUAACGUCAUUCGCAUUUGGGAUCUGCGCAUGACUAACAGGAGUUCUUCGCCCUCGGUAUGCGUUAACGAAAUAGUGGGUGGACAUGAGCUAGCAGUGAGAAAGGUCUCGUGGUCGCCGCACCAUUCCAACAUUCUGCUUUCAACCUCUUAUGACAUGACUUGCGCUGUAUGGCAGGACUUCAGCUAUAGCGAUAAGCGACAUACAGGUAGGACGAACGGUAUAGAUCCUAACAGGGGCUGCCGUUUCAGAUUCGCGCAGCACUCAGAGUUUGUCUACGGCGCAGAUUGGAGCUUGUGGGGCCAACCGGGAUUCAUUGCAUCCGCUGCUUGGGACGGCAAUGUUUUCAUUUGGAACGCCUUUCGCUGA